GAUAGAAACGGGAGCUGCAACUCUGAAGAAGCAGAGAGCCACCUUGGAGGACCAAAAAAAAACUGUUUGAGAGGGAGGGAGGACCGAAAAAAACAGUGAAUCUGACACAUCGGAGAGAAAAUAACAAGCAGUUUUGUCGGGACAAGAGGAAGGCAGAGCGUAGAGAGUGUGAGAGACUCUCCUGCUGAUUCUCAGAGCCACUUAGGUGUUGACUGGAGAAGGAUCGAAGAGAGGAGAUGAGCAGAGCAGAGGAGGAGUGAAGCUUUUUAGUGUUAGUGAGGGAGAGCUCUGUCACUCUUCGGGUGUCGCUUAAGAGGAGGAGGAGGAGGAGGCAGGGGCGAAUGUUCCUAGUCUCUUGAGAGAGAGAGAGACACAAACACACAGAGAGAGACCGAGAGAAGAGGAGGGGACAAGCUGACAGCAAUACAGGAAGAGCAGAGCUGGCAGACGAUGUGCUGCUAACUGAAGUACUAAUGCUCCAGACCAUUUACGAGGCCGACUCUUGUUUCUCUGCAGACGGCAUCGGGAAACACCGGCUGCCUCUGACCCCUCACGACGCUGAUAUGCACAACGUCAACAACUCAGUGGACAUUAAGCCAGAGGUUCCAUUGGCUCUUGAUCCAGGCUCCCCACUGGAUUUACGUACAGACGUUAGGAUGCAGGGUUCUGCUUCAGACCCCACUGUGUGGGAAAGACAACUUCAACAAGAGCUGCUCCUCAUUCAGAAGCAGCAGCAGAUUCAGAAACAGUUACUCAUCAGUGAGUUCCAGAAACAGCACGAGAACCUGGUUCGCCAGCACCAGGCCCAGAUACAGGAGCAUUUGAAGCUGCAGCAGGAACUACAUGCCAUGAAGCAACAACAGGAGCAGCUGGAGAAAGAGAGGAAACUAGAGCUACAGAGUCAGGAGAGAGAACUGGAGAGACAUCGCCGUGAACAACAAGUCCUGGUCAUCCGCAACAGAGAGCGGAGCAGAGAGAGUGCAGUGGCCAGCACUGAGGUCAAGCAGAAACUCCAAGAGUUUCUGUUGAGUAAAUCUACCAAAGACGGUGUGUCAAAUGGGGUCCCACAGAAAAUCACACAGAACUCCAAACUGUGGUACACGGCCUCCCAUCACACCUCUCUGGAGCAAAGUUCACCUCCUUUGGGAGGCGCGUCCUCCUCCUGCAAGAUCUCCCUGCCCUCCCCACAGGACUCCCGGGAUGACUUUCCUCUGAGGAAGACAGUCUCAGAGCCCAAUCUAAAGGUGCGGUCCAGGUUAAAGCAGAAGGUUGCAGAGAGGAGGAGCAGCCCACUCCUCAGGAGGAAGGAGGGGAGCAUCAUGACACCCUUCAAAAAAAGAGCCCUGGAGAUUCUGGAAUCCACAGCCAGCAGCAGUGCACCAGGAUCAGGGCCCAGUUCACCCAACGGAGCCUGCAGUGCCUUGGGGGCUGAAAACGGACCCUCCUCACUACCAGUCACCACACGCACUGAGCGGUGGCCGUCACAGCCGAGGUUAUUAGGGCCUGAAAGCUCAAUGUCUAUGUUAAAUCUCUAUACGUCUCCAUCGCUGCCCAAUAUCUCCCUGGGUCUCUCGGCUGCCUCCUCUCCCAUCAGUGCUGCUUUAGGACUUCAGGAAAAGCAUGUUGAGGCUGGCGGGGUAUCAGCGGUCAUUCAGGGUUUGCCCACCCAACUUCUGGGUCCAGUGUCCCUGUCUGUUGCUAUGGAGACCAAAGUGAGCAGCAGCCACCAAGCUCUCCUGCAGCACCUCCUCCAGAAGGAACAACUUCGCCACCAAAAGAUCCUCUCUACUGGUGAGAACAUCAGAGCCUUCGAUAUACAAGGUCAAAGUCCUGUGCAUCCUCCCUCUCCACUGGCCAUGAUGGAAAGCUCUCAGAGCAGCACCCGGCCCAAACUGCCUCGUCACCGGCCCUUAAACCGCACCCAAUCGGCUCCGCUGCCUCAGAGCACACUAGCUCAACUUGUGAUUCAGCAGCAACAUCAGAACUUCCUGGAGAAGCAGAAACAGUACCAGCAACAGGUCCACAUCAACAAGAUGCUAUCAAAAUCCAUCGAGCAGCUUCGUCAGCCGAACGUCCACUUGCAGGAGUCAGAGGAGGAAGAGGGAGAGGAUUUUCAUGACCAUGCCAUGCAGGAGGACAGCUCGCCCUCUGGUGGCGUCAUCAGGAAGCACAGCCCCGACAGUAACCGCAGCUCCGGUUCACCCAUUGAGCCACUGGACACUCACCCUGGGGUCAUCCGGAUCAAAGAGGAGCCCGAUGCCAGCGAUGAUGAGACAAUGGCCACUCAGAGCCUGGCUGACAAGCAGAGCUCCUACAUUCACCAGGUUAACGGGAGGGUGGUGAUACACGCCAUGAUAUGAAAUGACAGAUACAUCUUCACACUUGCACACGAAGGCACAGGCUGACAUACACGCGACAUGCUUACAUUGCUUUGGGAGCUUCGGAACUGGUCUCAUUCGUGAACUUGUGAAGUGGUCUGUGUAUUGUACGUUGUAUGUUUUGUAUAUAAUUGAAUAAGAUGAGAAUUUAGCCGACUUUGGUCUUUUAAAUGCUAAGAAGCAGUUUUUGAUUGUUUGUUGAAAUAAUAAUUUAAGAAAUUCUUUCUACUUUCUAUCCACCCUUUGAGAAACAGCAACUCAAAGCUCUUCUAGGAUAUUUCUGUGAUUUUCCCAUGGCACUAUGGAUUUCUUAUAGAUCUUACUUUGCUUUAUAUGAAUGUUAUUUUAAAGAUAUAUUACAGUAUGUAAGAGUACGAUUUUUUUUGCUGAAAGACUUCCAGAUGGUCUGGGAACAAAGUCGGUAAACAUGAAAAUCCACACAACAACAAAAUUAAAGGAAUAUUCCAAGUUCAAUACAAGUUAUGCUUAAUUGACAGCACUUGUGGUAUCAUUUUGAUUACCAUAAAAAUUAUUUUCGACUCUCAUUUUCUUAAAAAAACAAUAAAACAAAACCACCCCCCCACCCCCCCCAAAAAAAAAAAAAAAAAAAAAACGAAAACACAAAAAAAGAACAGAAGUUAAUGGGGCCAAUGUUUGGAAUAUAAUAUAAUAUAAUAUAAUAUAAUAUAAUAUAAUAUAAUAUAAUAUGAUUUUAUGUAACACUGUAAAAAAUAAAAACGGAAAAUGUACUGGUAUUUUUCUGCCAGGACAUUAUGCAGUAAUUUUAUGGAAUUUAUGUUAACACAAUGCUACGCAUAAUUCAAAAUACAGGUAAAACAUUAAAAAAAUUUCAUAUUUAUACGGUACAUUGUGCCCUAUUUUUUACAGUCUUUUUAUACAGUGAAUUCUUCUAUUGAAACUUAUGUAUUAUUUGAGCUAUAAAGUUGUUCUCAUUUUUAUGUUCUAUUCUUGUAAAAUGGCAGCAAACUUGUAAAAUUGGAUAUAAUUUUACACAGAAAAAGUUAUAAAGCAAAUUUUCACACUUAAAACAUGUUAACAAGCAAAUUGUUUACGUCUUGUGGUUAUUGAAACUGUGAGUAUUUUAAUAGAUUGGCCCCAUUCAUCUUUUUGCAUUUUUGUUGUAAUCAAUAUUAUGCUAAUUGCUGUCAAGCUUAACUUGUAUUGAACUAAACCUAACUUGCAUUGAAUAUUCCUUUAACAGUUGGAAUGAAAUCUGGAAAGCUCUAGAAUGACAUUCUGUGUUCCUUGUUCUCCUGUGGCCCAAACUGAAGGCUGCCCGGGAUCGUGAGCAGCACUCUGCUCCUUUUCAGAGGGAGAGCGUUGUAGAGGAAAUGCCUGGUGGAAGCCAGGAAUCAGAAUGAUUCAUGAGCGCAGGAAUGCUGGGAGAGGACAACUCCAUGCUGAAGUCAGAGGGCCCAGCAGUGAGCUCUGAUUUACUGUUGAGGCAAAUUACAAAGUGAGUGAGGAGACGGCGGGGGGAGCCCCCUUUUAAAAAACCAAUAAUUUCCUCUGUAUUCCCACGUGAUGUGUUUACCACGACACGCAGGCUUGAUGUUUCUUCUGUAGAAAAAAAAAGGUAAUCGUUCUGUUCUUUCCUGAGGCAGUGUUGCCAUUCGUUGGCCGUCUUUCUUCAUGAAGUGCUCAGAUCAACUUGCGUGAUCAAGAAAUGUACUAUUGUCAUUUUUUGUUAGCGAUUCAUCUUUCCUGUAUUCCCUUUUUUUUUUCAUUUCAAGCUUCUGGUGUAAAGUUAUUUUUUUGUGAAUGAGAUCCUCUGAAAAACAACAAAAAACAAGUUAAAGAGGAAAACAUGUUUAAUUGAUGUGAGCCAUCACUAUGUCUACAAAUAGCCUGUGAGUCAACCUGAGCUGGCCUGUUUCAUUCCUGUUGUCUGUUCCACUGGAUGUUAAUGAGAACUGUCCGCUAGCGAUAGAAUGUCACAUUUAGUUUGUAACCAUACGCGUUCCCUUCUGUCACAGAUCACCUUUUAUAAAUAAAGUUCUUUUCCAUCCUGUA